AUGUAAGGGAUUCUUUUGCUACAAUAGCAAUUUCCAAAACAACUAUUCCUCAUUUUAUCAAAGGAAUUAGAUCCAUCUGACAAAUUAAAAUUAGAAUUGGAAUAAGUGAUCGAUUCACUUUUUAUAACUAUCAAGCAUUUUAUAAAUGAAAUCAACAAUACUAAACCUAACAAUUCUGAUAAUUAUUCUAAGUACAAUUGAUCUUCAUUUUAGAUAAUUACUAUUUGGUCAAACAUUAGAUAUUCAAAAUGAUACAUGGAAAUAACAUUAUGAUGACCUUAAUAAUGAGUUUCUUAUACUCAAAGCAUGUAAUUAACAAAUUGAAUUCCAGAAAUAAGAACUUUAGUAAAAGUUAAUCGAUUAACGGAUUAAAUAUGAAGACUUAAAUAGAUAAAAAAAAGAAGACAAAGAUAAUUAUAGAUAACAAUAUGAAACACUUAAAAAGAAAGCAUAGGACAAAAUUCAUAGAUUAAAAGAUAAAGUUAUUCUUUUUCAAACUUAACUUUAAACAUAUGCAAUUGAAAGUGAACAUCUUAGAAUUAUUGCUUAAGAAGAUAAACUCAAUUAACCAUCUUCUGUUAAAUUCAAAUUACAGAAUAUUCUUAAAGAAUUGAAUACUCUAAGACAAAUCUCUAAUAAUUUACUAUUAGAAAAUUCAAAAAUUAUCAUUUAAGCAAAAGAACAAUUAUAAUUGUGUAUGAUUUAUAAAGACAUUUAAGGAACCAUUAUUAAAAGUAAUAAGACAACACCAGAUACAACUAAAAUUAAAUAAUAUUAUUCAUAAACUUAAUCUAUUCCUAAUAGUCCUGAUAGAAAAUUAAAAACUGAAAAACCAUCUCUAAUUAGAAUAGUUAAUCCUAAAAGAACUUCAGUAAGUAAAAACCUAUUAGCAGAAUUUGAUGUUUCUACUUAAAUAACUAAAUUCAUUAAAUAAUAUUAUUAAACUGAUCAAUAAUUAAGAAAUAGUACAGGAUUUUAAUAAAAAUUGAUAUGA